AUGCCGCCGCGGCCUCUACCUCCACCGCCGCCACCGACGCCCCCACUCCCGCCUCCACCCCCACCUCCACUCCCAUCCCCUCCACCUCCUCCACCGCCACCACCGCCGCCCCCGCCGUGCUCUCCACCACCCUUGCCCCCCCUGCCCUUGCCGCUGCAGCGCCUCCCACUAGGAGCAGACGCAGCCCCGACCGCCUCGGUGCCAACGAGCAAGUUCAUGCACGAUGAGGUGGGUGGGGUGGAGCUGCAUCAUACGCUCUGA